AUGCGGCUUUCUUACCCGAGUGAGUGUACGUCCUCGUUCCCGUUGAACGAAAGCGUGUGUAACGACGAUGACGAUGAAGAAACAGUGGGCGCGUGUUCCGUAGCGGGGACCACAUCAGGCGAAGGGAGCGACAGUGAGGAACUGCAUGAUCAAAGCGCGAUCAUGAAAUGUCCAACAAUCAGAUCGAAACGACUCAAGACCGAGAUCCAACGCGAGCUGCAACGGUCGUACGACAGGAAGUUUCGAACUAACAAAAGGGCACGACGUAUUGCAGGAUGCAAGACGUUCAUCUCUGGAUUGCAAAAUUUCACGGUACUGAUGCACUUUAGACUAGCACGGACCGAGAAGGAGAUUAAUCUGCUUUGUCUCGCAAAGAAGAAUGGGAAUGGUAUUCCGACUGAAAGCAACGCACAGCAGCAGUUAAUCCGAAAUGACGGCGUGAUUCAAUGCAUUCACUCCUGCACAUUGAGUUGGAAACAAGAAAAGAGUGGCGAGUUGGGUAAGUAUUUCUUACGGGACCAAGCGAAAAAGAUUCAAAGUUAUGUGGAUAAAUUGGCUGAGCUCGGGGAGCAGUUGAGUAUAUUAACGGCUGAGCUGCGUUGGCGAGUAGAAGAGAAGACAGCAGGAGUAUGGGUGUAA